AUGGCUUUAACUACUACUAAUUUCUCUUCUGUCUUCACAGAACAAAGAUGGGUAGAUCAAAUUAGCAAAAAAUUCAUCAGGGAAGUCACCAUUGACAUUUCUGAUAAAAAUCCCAUUUGUGUUUUCAGUAUCACAAACGCGAUUACCAUCUUUAAACCGGAGGCUUAUGUCCCUUUGGUGAUUGGUUUAGGUCCAUACCAUCAUAUGGACACACAUUUAUAUGACAUGGAAAGGUACAAGGUCGCUUGUGCUAAGUCGUUUUUGGCCCAAAAUCAUUUUCUUCAAGGGAAUGUCAAGUUUCGAGCAUUGUUGAUCGAUAAACUCCAAGAACUAGACCCUGUUGUCAGAGGCUGCUACCAUAGCUACUUGGACUUUGAUGAUUAUACUUUAUCUUGGAUUGAAGCCAUAGACGGUUUAUUCUUGCUUAAUGUUCUUCAAGAUUACUCUACCACUGUUAAUCUUGAAGGUAAAAAGAUAGCAAGAAACGCCAUUCUAUCUAGGGACUUAUUAUUGUUAGAGAACCAAAUCCCCUUUCCUGUAUUGAGGGAAAUUUCUAGAACAUUGCACAUCUAUUCAUCUGAAAAGGAUUAUGAUGAAGCCAAGUUGUUUUUCAUGAUUGAACGUUUUUGUAGAGCAAACUCCCCCCUUGAAAUGCCAUCAAUUUCGCUAUGCAAUUACAACGAAACAAGUCACUUGCAUAUAUUAGAUCUCAUGUAUCGUUUGAUGGUCAACAACGGUUUUCUUGAAUCAGGAGAAUCAUCUCAAGACGAAGAAAAAGUAGAGAGUCAGACAGAGUCAGGGGAAAUAGAGGACCUUAGAGAGAAUAUGAGUUCAGCUUGUGAUAAUAUUGGUGAAAUAACGAAAUUAGGUAUGAAUUUUAGGAUUGGUGUAAAAAUAUUGAGGCCAAUCCAAGUUAUACAAGACAUACCAUGGGAUAGAAUAUUGACCAUUACCGGCCUAAAAUCUAAGAAUCCUGAAAAACUUGAAGGUCCUGUGGUGGAGGAGAUUAGAAUACCAUCCGUGUCUUCCCUUCACUGCUAUGCAGGAAUAUCAUUUAGGCCUACAAAUGAGGGUAUGAGGGGGAUCAAGUUUGUAGAAGAAGAAGCCGUGUUAUACUUGCCAGUAAUUACACUAGAUGUUAAUUCAGAAGUAGUAUUAAGAAACUUGGUAGCCUAUGAAAUCGCUAUGAACUAUUCACAUUUUAGUCCCUCGAUUUCACAAUUUGUUGAUUUGAUAAGUGGGAUUAUCGACAAGGCUGAGGAUGUAAGAAUGUUAAAGCAAAAUGGAAUCAUUAAAAGCAAAAUAACAAAUGACCAGAUUGCUGAAAUAUUCAAUGGAAUGAACAAAACAACACGGAGUUCUGUUAACAAGACUGUUGUAGAGAUUAAUAAUUACUACAAGAAGAAGUUGACUGUGAAGGCAUUUAAGUUCGUAAAAAAGAGGUUGUUAUCUAUGUGGAAGAUGAUUACUCGUCUAUUAACCGUUUUGUUGCUGUUGUUGCUGGUAUUGUACUCGUUUUGCCAGUUCUAUGGCUGUCCUAAGCUCUUCGGCAAGAACAGCUAG